CUUCCAUUCCACUUCCAUUUCCACUUGAACCAACAGCUCCAACACAAAAUCCUCAACCUCCCCAUCGCAUCAUCUUUACCAUGAUUGCGAUCCUGGAUUUUGUACCUGACGCUCCCACUCCAAGGACAUGUCGCUAAUUCCAUACCAGCCCCAUGAGGGCCGAGAGAUUGUUCUCCGUCACCACAACGCUAUCGUUGUUCGCGAUUCUCAAUCACAUAGACUCGAGAUCAGAGGCAUCUCGACUUGUCCUACAUGCCAUCAGCCGCUUACUCGUUCCGAGAAUACUUCCGACCGAAGCUAUGAUUCCUUUGGUGCUCGGCAAGAGACCUAUGUCGACCCCGAUUACUUUCGCAUGCUCCGCGCUGCCAAUGCGAAUAACGAUAAUUCCACCGAUCACCCGCCGAGUCCAGUUAGAAGACUUUUUGGUCCUAUCUUGGGCGGCAGCAGUAGCCCGACAACAAAUCAGACAUCGCCAUCUCCAGGUCCAGAUGAGGCCGAGUUUGUGUCGAGUACACCCGGUGUUGCGCAAGCCGAAGGCAGCAGAAUACGGCGAGAUGCAUUCAGUCCCAACUACUUCAACACAUUUUUCGUCGAGGAAAGAGUCCUAGGCAAGGGAGGUAAAGGUGUUGUGCUGCUUGUACGGCACGAAAUUGAUGGAUGCGCCCUUGGCCAAUUCGCUUGCAAACGAGUCCCUGUCGGAGAUGAUCACGCCUGGUUGGAGAAGGUUCUCAUCGAAGUCGAGCUUCUCGCCAAGCUUUCCCAUCCAAACCUUGUAUCGUAUCGGCACGUCUGGCUUGAGGAUGUUAGACUCACCCGAUUUGGCCCCAGUGUCGCUUGCGCAUUCAUCCUCCAGCAAUACUGUAAUGGUGGUGACCUCCAACAGUACAUCAUCGGCGGAGCACCACGUGAGGCGACCAAAGAGGAGCUCAAGGCUCAGAUGCGUCGACGAUCGAAGGGCCAACUCGAAACCCCUGUUGAUUUGUUGAAUGGCAACCGCAAGCUCCCUUUUGAUGAAAUUUACACCCUAUUCAAGGACAUCACGUCCGGCGUGGCAUACCUCCACGCAGCCAACUACAUUCAUCGCGAUCUCAAACCAAGUAAUUGUUUGCUUCAUCGUGAGGGUGGCAGAACGACAUGCCUCAUCAGCGAUUUUGGUGAAGUCCAGCCCGAGAAUGUCGUCCGCAAGUCUUCCGGCACUACUGGAACCAUCUCGUACUGCGCUCCCGAGGUCCUCAAGAUGGAUGUCUCCUCAGGUCGAUAUGCAAACUUCACCACAAAGUCGGAUGUCUUCUCGCUUGGUAUGAUUCUCUACUUUAUGUGCUUCGGGAGACUUCCUUACCAAAGCGCGAAUGCUCUGCAAGAAGAACUCGAAGAUGUAGAUGAACUUCGAACCGAGAUCACUCACUGGCAAGGGUUCCAGGAUGAACGACGUGAGCGACCAGAUCUUCCCUCGAAGCUCUAUCAGCUAUUGAAAAGAUUGUUGUCUCUCAACCCUGGCGAAAGACCUAGUGCCAAUGAGGUUCUCAAAGCCAUGCGAGGCGAGUCAAUGACCUUCGAGAAUGGUGCAAGUCAGGAGCCUGCACCAAAUCUCGGGAUCGGAACUCGCAUCCAGAAUCUGGACUCGCCCGCUCCCCCAAGCACGCCAGUUCCAGGCCCCCGACAUCGACAUCAAACGUCAACAUCGGACAAGUUUGAAGAGAUCAGCACAUUGGCUAGGACUACUUCGAGAGACCUGUCGCCUACCAAGAGUGGCCAGAACUCUCGACUGGAUCCGCACCGUCAAUCUCUAUCGAGACAUGGUGGUUCGCAGUCCAUGGUUAUGUCCCGCAGCCAAGAAAGUCAUCGCGGAUCCUUUGUAACACCAGCCGUGAGCGUCAGCGACGCAUCUGAGCACUCAGAGAUGCACGAGAGACGAAACUCUCAGAGCCCUCCACUUUUGAUGCCGCCGCCCACGACCACAGCUGACGCUCUUAGACGGAGAGCAACUGUGUUUCUCAUCCGAUCCAUGCAUCUGGCAGGCGAGAACUCUGCGCUACUCAGCUAUGCCCUACGCCUCGGCUUAUUUGGCAUCAAAAUAACCACUCUCACACGGCCCUGCUGGCCACUCAUGGUCCAACCGAACGUAGGCAUUCCACUCGUCUGCGUUGCAGCGCUAGAUCUUGGCUUACCGCAAAUGACGAGCUAUUCUCCUGCCCUCAGGCAAGGCUACGGAGAUUACUUCACAAGCGGUCCACGAGCAUGGGGCUUAGCCAUGAGCCUUCUCCUUUUGUUCCUUCAUGUUACAGUGCUAUGGGUUGCUUCAGGCUGGGCGACACUGUGUGCCACGAAUGAGCAUGACGUCUGGGCCGAUGGGCCAUGGUAGCGUGACUUGAAAAGUUGUAGUGAUGCGAGAUGAUGUUUGUAUGUGAAUCAAUAAAUCCGUUUGGCCUGCUGAUGCGUGAGGAACGGAACGAAGCAUACCGGAGAUCGUUUGGCGAAACAUAUUGGUUCAUGAAAGUAAAGCGACAAUGGUAUGAAAGAACUGAUAGGAGAAAUAAUUGAGAAUGACGGCGGUCCAAAAAGGGCCCAGAGAAAAGUGUUUACUAAAACAAAAUAGAAAGAAGGUUGACUUCGCCAUGAUACCAUACGCUCUCCCAAGAUUAUCAACACCGAAUGAUA